AUCAGGAUACUUUGCAUGAUACCCUAUGAUUAUUUCAAUCCCAAAACAGCCAAGUAUGUGAAACGCACUUGGGGAAAACACUGCAAUGUGCUGCUAUUUGUGAGUGGUGACAUUGACAGUGAACUGGAACCUUAUGUGGCUGAGGUAAAUGCCACGGAGACCUGGACUUUGGUCCAUGAGGGCCUAAUGCAUGCCUUUCUAUUUUAUGGCGACAAAGUGGAUUGGUUUCUUCGCGUGGAGCCCUCAAGCUUUGUGGUUCUAGAGAAUCUUCGGUAUAUGAUAGAUAAAAGGAAAUAUAUGCCUAGUCAAGCGAUCUAUUUUGGCUACGAACUUGAGAAUAUUUAUACGCAUGAGCCCUUUGUUUAUGCCAAAAGUGGCUAUGUGAUAAGUCGAGAGGCUUUAAGACGCUAUACCUUGGCCGCAAAAGAACCCAAUAAUAGGUAUUGCCUUCAUCUGGAGGGUUUUACUGAGGGUCUGGAGGUAAAUCGUUGUCUCAAUCAUGUGAAUGCCACCAUUGUGGAUAGUCGAGAUGAGUUUGGACAUGAGACUUUUCUACCCAUUAACAUGGAUCAUCAGUUUUUAGAUGGUUAUGAUCAUAUCAAAUGGCUGCAUAACCUAACCUAUCACAAAGUAGAUGAGAAAACCGUUCCCAUAUCCCUGAGCGCCAUAGCCUUUCGUGUGGAAUAUCCGCCCGAAAUGUAUGAUUACUACUACUUUCUUUAUCGCAUGAAAGUAUUUGGUACUUUUGUGCCACAAACCAUAGAAUUUGGAACUCAAUAA